CUAUAUUUUGCUCUAUGUCAGUGCCAGUGGCCUGGGUGGUUGUUAGAACUUAAAAGUGCUUGUCUAAUUUAACAUUUCAUCUCGUGGCUUGUAUUAUGUAACCGAGAAGCGAGAAACCACUGACCGUGAUUGUAAUCAGUUACCAGACAAGCAAAAAUAAUCACACCAAAAAGCAAUGUGACUACGUCACUGAAGCAGAGUUAACCACGUGACCCAACCAAGCCAACAGCUGAUAAAUCGCUAUCUCAAAAAUAGUUUUCCUACCUUGACUCAUUCGCCCUUAGCUACUGCUGCAAGCCAUUUCCAUUUCAUUGUUCACCUAUAGCGGAAUCGAGGAAAGACCCCUCGACCGUUGACCGUUCCGAUGCUUCCGUGUGGCGCUAUCUCCAUCUGGGUAUUCAAUACUUUUAAGAAACGAAAGAAGGGCCAGAUGAAAUGACCGGAAUAUACAUCACGUACAUAUAAAGACGACGGUGAAAUCCUUUCCUAUUAAAACCGUCUGCAUUUCACGGUAUCAAUACCAUCCAUUAGCGGCGAAAAAUUUUGUUUCUUCUUCUUUGUUCUCCUCUCGACUUGCUGGGACGGAUCCUGUGUCAUUAUGCAAAAAAGGACAAGCGGAUCGUCUGAUAGGAAAACGUUCGCCGAGGUCCAAGACAACGAUAUCGCCCGGCUACCGCAGUUCACGUUUGCCAAAGUCGUACGGACCUUCAUGUUCUUUAUUAUCAAGAUUACGUCUACGUGGCCGGCAAUUCAAAGGGACCAGCUUGUUACUGUAACAGCAGCUUCGUCCUGAUACGGGAAUGACAUUGCGUGACUCUCCCGCCCUGGAGCGUUUUAUUCAACAUCGCAACCCCCCAAGAAUAUGCAAAACGCCCGGCCAAUUUCCACCUGCUAUUACAUGAUAUUCUCUUGUAUUUGGCACACACCCUCUGUUUUACUCCGGAUGAAGCCGCAGCCCAGCAGACUCCCGAUCGAACGCAAAGGUUCAACUACCACAGUGUUGUCUAGGUGGUCUACGUGACGUUUGCACGUCUCUUUGCCUUGUCAUUUCCGUAUUAGAUGUGCGGAAUCCCGCAAGUUCAAGACCAUCGGGAGUAUAAAAGACGGAGACAUCCGGACGACCUUCCAGCCAGUCUUUGCCAGUCUUCCGUGCAAGCUACAGCACGCCAUUCGAUUAGAAAUGUCGAGACUUUGUCUGUUGAUUUCAAUUUCUUUGGUGUUACAUUUGAGCUGGGCUUGUGACGACAAUGAAGAAGAAUUAUUAGCUGGUGGUAGAGAAGACCCGGAAGAUUACUACGCCUAUGCUUACGGAUUCACUCCGGAAACGUGGAGAGCACUUUACCAGCAACCUACUCCUCGCGCUCGUGUUCCAGAGUAUUCCGGGCUGUACGAAGGGAGAACUCCAAGCAGACUGCACACGUUCACAAACCCGUUGAAAUCCAAGAAAAAAAAUGCUGACAAAGAACAUCGUCAGCCGGAAGGCCGUUUCGCUUUCGGUGGUUUGGGUGCUAAUUUGAUCAACACGGGCUUCUUCAACAGUCGAUUCACCCCGUCUAAUACGUGGAAACCGUUCCAGAAUCUUGCCAGCCGGAUUCCCAUUUCUUACAAUCCCAAUGCCGACAGUCCGUUUGACACUUUCGAAUCCUGCAUGUCGCCCAAUGGAGACGCAGGGAUCUGUGCUCCAGGAUCGGUCUGUUCCCUGUUUGGUGGCCGUCCAGGUGGUUCCUGCAUUCUCGGAAAAGUCUGUUGCAUCAACACGAUCAACAAAUGUGGAGGAACAGUCACGCUCAACAACACGUACUGGCAAUCUUCGACUUUCCCCAUCAACGUUCCGACAACUUGUUCAUUAUCUGUCAGGACGGACACUCAGCUCACGGAACAGUUAAAGAAACCCAUUUGCCAAAUCCGAUUGGAUUUCAUUACAUUCACGACCGCUCAGCCGACAGCCGGAACUUGCACCGAUACGUUUAAAGUUGGCCAAACCAAUUCCAAAGUCCCAACUAUUUGCGGUGACAACGGCGGGCAACAUAUGUACCUUGACAUCCCUUCAUCGGCCGUUACCCCGAGCAAUGUCCAGCUCAUGUUCACUUUUUCAGAGGAAACAGCCGUUCGAUCGUGGAACAUAAAAAUCGCCCUGCUCCCGUGUGGCGCCUUUUACCUUGCCCCAGUGGAUUGCCUUCAAUAUUUCACAGCCGCAACUGGGCGUGUCCGUUCGUUCAACUGGCUGGAUACCAACAGCACCACAAUUCGCCAACUUAAUAACCAAAACUACAACAUUUGCUUCAGGACAGAACUCAUCGCAGGACUAACGGCGUCUGAGCUCUGCUUGUCGGUGUGUUCCGUCACGAAUGGCGACGCGUUUUCCAUUACAACGCCAAUCAGUGGAGCGAUCGCCGAUGCGACCGCUGCCGUCGCCACAGCCCAAGCGAAUCUGGCCACAGCGCAAGCCGUUCAAGCCGCUGCGGCCGCUGCGUUUCUAGCCGCUAAUGGCGGCAACACUGCGACAGCAAAUCAAAUUCAAACCCUGACAAACGCCAACGUAGCACUCGCCGCCGCUCAGGCCGCUCUUACAACCGCCCAAGCUGCUUUGACCGCCGCCGUUGCUGCUGCUGGCACAGGUCUCUCCGCUGUGGGCACCAGCACAAAUGCGACUGGAGUCAUCACGGCCACUUGCCUUUACGAUUCACUUCUCAUCCCCGGUGCCCGGGACUCUAUGAAUGUUGAAGCCGAUCGAUACUGUGGUGACGCUCUCAAUCCUGCAUUCGUUCCAGUUGGAACUAGCGUUCAAGUUUGCACUCCAUUGAGGCCAUUCAAGAUGACCUACCGAACCGACAGCACUGAAGCUGCGAUAGCUGCUGGAACGAAUAUCCUUCCUGCACGGGCUGAUAUCAACAAUACUGGAUUCUGUCUCAACUUUCAGGAGAAAUAACAUCAAGAGCAACGACUAAAAGUAGGAGUGUUCCACGAUACUAAAUGAAUCCUCAAAGUCCUUUUUUUAGUGUCAAUUGUGUCUGGGUGGUGGCGGGUUUUUUAAAUUAUUUUGCGCUACUGUACUGACGACCAUUUUUAAUUUAUUAAAUUAUUUUCCUCUACGGUCCAAGUAGUCGCCAUUUCAGUUGUAUUAUUUGACUGACGAAGUUUCACAUUGAAAUAAAUCGAAUCGCUGAGCAUGAAA